AUGACGAUCACCGUGGGGGUCCUCGCCUUGCAGGGCGCGUUUUAUGAGCACAUCCAGCAGCUGAAGGUUGCCGCGGAAAAGCUGAGGGGCAGCAGCAAGACGUUCACCAAGGAGCAAUGGGAGUUCAUCGAGGUCCGUACGCCGGCUGAGCUGGCGAGAUGCGACGGGCUGAUCAUCCCGGGCGGCGAGAGCACUGCCAUGGCUCUAGUGGCUGCUCGCUCCAACCUGCUGGAGCCACUGAGAGACUUUGUCAAGAAGCCUACCUGGGGUACUUGCGCCGGAUUGAUACUGCUCGCUGAAUCGGCAAACCGGACGAAGCGUGGAGGCCAAGAGCUCAUCGGCGGAUUGGACGUUCGAGUCAACAGGAACCACUUCGGAAGACAGACCGAGAGCUUUUAUGCGCCGUUGGAUCUCCCAUUCUUGCCGGGUGAUGCCGGACCAUUCCGAGCGGUGUUUAUCCGCGCUCCCGUGGUUGAGAAAGUUCUUUCGGCCAAGGAUGGGAUUCAAGACGAGGAGCUUGCGAUAGACGGGACCGUGGUGGCGCCCUCGAGAAAGCCAGAGAGCGAAGUUGCCCGCGAAGCCAUGGCCGAUAAAGUCGAGAUUCUAGGCAAGCUACCAGCCAAGGCUGAUGGUAGCGAUGGGCCCGGCGAUAUCGUGGCAGUAAAGCAAGGGAAUGUUUUUGGUACCAGUUUCCACCCAGAGUUAACAGAUGAUGUCAGGAUUCACAUGUGGUGGCUCUGCCAGGUUAGUGAGGCAGCAACAAAGCUACAGAAAGCAGAAGUGGUUGUUCGAUAG